AUGGAGGACAACAGUGAAAUCACGUUAGAUCAGCUAACCGGUGAAGCUCAACGCCUGCUUAACCUGCGCCAAGAUAGCAACCUUAUCUCAAACACUGCGCAUGAAGUAAACGCAGUGAGAAAGAAUGAGACGAAACAACAAAACAUCAAAGGAGGUGGCAAGGAAGCGAAAGCAAUGCCGCAGCAGCAUGUGAUUCAGCUAUUUCCAUCGUUGUUCUCGAACGAACUUGGUCGUUGUGAUAAGACGAAAAUUAGUCUACAGUUGGAGGAUGACGUGAAUCCUGUAUUUCGCCCGAAACGUCCAGUAGCGUAUGCUAUGCAGUCGAUGGUUGAAGAUGAAUUGACCAGGUUAGAGCACAAUUUCGGAAAUGCCGACAUACUGUCCAGGUUAAUGGACCGACACGAGAAACCGGAGGAGGACUACGUUAUUGCUAGUAUUCAGCUAGAGGAUGAUAUUAAUCAUCUAGUAACCAGUGCUACUCAAGCCCUACCGUUGAACUUUAAAGAUUUGGAGCGUGGUACACAAGCAGAUCCUUUGUUAAGGAAGGUGUUCCAGUUCGUCCAGAAUGGUUGGCCAAAGGGUGAAGAGAAGACUGAGGACCUAAAGCAAUUCUUCGCACGACGAGAGGCCUUAUCUACGGUUGGAAAAUGCCUCUUAUACGGAGAACGGGUAGUAGUUCCCGCGAAUCUUCGGAAUCGAGUGUUAAAACUGCUACACAAGGGUCAUCCUGGAGUAUGCCGCAUGAAGGCGCUUGCAAGAGGGUAUGUGUAUUGGCCGAAAUUCGACAGCGAAAUCGAGAAUGCAGUGAAGACGUGUCAGUCGUGUGCAAGUGCGGCGAAAUCUCCAGAGCAUUGCAUACCAGUAGAUUGGCCAAAAACUACAGGCUCCUGGCAGCGUAUUUACGUUGACUACGCUGGACCUAUGGAGGGAGAGUAUUAUUUUCUGGUUGUAGAUUCCUACUCGAAAUGGCCGGAAAUAAUACCAACGCGUCAAACCACAGCACAAGCGACAGUUCAAAUGUUACGGGGAUUGUGUGCACGGUUUGGUAUACCAGAAACUGUCGUAAGCGAUAGUGGAACACAGUUUACAAGUUCUAAGUUCCGUGACUUUUGUAUGGAGAAUGGUAUUCAUCACGUGCAGACUGCGCCAUACCACCCGCAGUCAAACGGCCAAGCCGAAAGUGAGAAGAAUCAAAAUCAAAAUCAAAAGAAAUCUCAGGGAAUUUUCGUUAAUCAUGUCACGAAAAACACUGCUAAAAGGAAAUUUAUCUCUAUCAUAAUCAAUGGCAUAACUACAUCACUCCAACUGGACACCGCAAGUGACAUAACAGUUAUUUCUAAAACAACAUGGCAACAUUUGGGUCAACCGAAACUUUCUCAAGCAUCCAUUGAAGCAUCGAAUGCAUCGGGAGAACAACUCAAGCUUAUCGGUGAAUUCGAAUGCGAGGUUAUCCUUAAUGCGAUUACAGAGAAAUGUGUUUGUUUUGUUACAUCAUCACCAGUCCUAAAUGUUAUAGGUAUAGAUUGGAUAGAUAGGUUUAAUCUAUGGGCAAUUCCCUUCGAUGUACUGUGUAAGAAAGUUUCAUCAGCAUGUCCAAAGGAUCGAAUAGUACAGCUUCAAUCGAAAUAUCCAACAGUUUUCGAUGAUUCGCUUGGACAUUGCACAAAAACGAAGGUGAAACUGUUUCUGAAGCCCAAUGUAAAACCAGUUUUCUGUCCAAAACGACCAGUACCAUUCAAUACUAUCGCUCUUGUGGAUGCGGAACUAUCAAGACUACAAUCACUAGGCAUCAUCACACCAAUAGACUUUUCGGAGUGGGCUGCUCCGAUAGUAGCCAUUCGCAAGCCUAAUGGUAAAGUUCGAAUUUGUGCGGAUUAUUCGACGGGGCUUAACGAAGCUUUAGAGUCAAAUCAUUAUCCUCUACCUACUCCUGAAGAAAUUUUUGCACAGUUGAACGGAAGUGUUGUAUUCAGCAUAGUCGAUUUGUCCGAUGCAUACCUACAAGUAGAAGUAGAAGACGAAUCUAAACACCUUCUUACGAUCAACACACAUAGAGGUCUUUUUCAGUUCAACCGUCUCGCACCGGGAGUCAAAUCAGCACCUGGAGCUUUUCAAAGACUAGUUGACGGUAUGAUUGCUGACAUUCCUGGCGUUAGAACAUUUCUAGAUGAUGCUAUAAUUUUCGGUAAAACUUGGGAGGCACACAAGCAAUCAUUAGACACAUUUCUUCAGCGUUUAAAAGAAUAUGGCUUCCACGUCAAGCUGGAAAAAUGUCAUUUCUAUCAAACUGAAAUUGUCUAUUUGGGGCAUGUGGUAGAUCGCAACGGCAUACGUCCUGACCCAGAGAAGCUGAAAACCAUCGCAUCUAUUCCAGCACCAACGAACAUUUCCGAAUUAAGAUCGUUCUUAGGAGCUGUGAAUUUCUACGGCCGAUUUGUGAGAAACAUGCAUGAACUCAGACACCCGUUAGAUCAAUUGCUAAAGAAGGAUACGAAGUGGAAGUGGAAUUCGGAUUGUCAGACAUCGUUCGAAAAAUUCAAGAAAGUACUGCAAUCUGACUUACUGUUGACACAUUAUGAUCCGAAUCUUCCUAUCAUCGUUGCAGCAGAUGCGUCUAGCACCGGCGUUGGCGCAGUCAUUUUUCAUAAAUUUCCGAACGGAUAUUUGAAAGCCAUUCAACAUGCUUCAAGAACAUUAACGUCUGCAGAACAAGGCUACGGACAACCGGAAAAAGAAGCUCUGGCUCUUACUUAUGGGGUAACCAAUUUCAUAAGUACUUACUUGGUCGGAAAUUUACUCUUUUAA